GUCGCUCCUCUUUUUCUUUGUAUUAAACGCUGUCAACACGCAUUCCAUCUCUCAACUCUCUCAAGGCAAAAAAAAAUAAUAAUAAUAAAUAUAAUCUUGCAAUUGCCAGAAGAAAUGUCAGUCCUGAGCUCCCUUCUAACAACACACCUUUACAAGUAGCUCUUACGAUUCCGCAUCUGAAGAAAAAGAAGAAACACUAGCAAUGGUGGAAGAAGAAUCUCGUCCGCUCCUCAGUGAGCCUAUCCUAGAUCAUCACCACCACCACCUUCAUCAUCAUCAGCAGCAGCAGCAAUACCAGCAACACCAGCAGAAUCUCCUAACCCUCCGUCGAUCUACUUCCAAUACCACGUCUCAGGUCGCUCUUGUCGGCGCAGACGUUUGCCCCAUCGAGAGCUUGGAUUACGAGAUAUUGGAGAAUGAAUUCUUCAAGCAAGACUGGCGCACCCGCAACCGGUCUCAGAUAUUCCAGUACAUUUUAAUGAAAUGGACCCUCUGUUUCCUUCUUGGCAUUUUCGCCGGCCUUGUCGGUUUCUUCAACAAUAUCUCCAUUGAGAACGUUGCCGGUAUCAAGUUCGUGGUGACUUCAAACAUGAUGUUGGCAAAUAAGUAUGGACAGGCUUUUGCAGUUUUUGCUGUCUCAAAUUUCAUCCUCACUCUAUUCUCUACAGUCAUCACUGCAUACAUUGCUCCUGCCGCUGCUGGGUCUGGUAUACCAGAAGUCAAGGCAUAUCUGAAUGGUGUGGAUGCUCCGGAAAUCUUUGCACCACGGACUCUGAUCGUAAAAAUUCUUGGUAGCAUUUGUGCUGUAUCGGCGUCUCUGCAUGUUGGAAAGGCAGGGCCUUUGGUACAUAUUGGUGCAUGCAUUGCAGCACUGCUCGGCCAGGGUGGGUCCAAAAAAUAUGGCUUGACAUGCAGAUGGCUACGGUAUUUCAAAAAUGACAGAGACAGGCGUGAUCUUGUAACCUGUGGAUCAGCUGCUGGAAUAGCCACUGCUUUCCGUGCACCUGUUGGUGGUGUACUAUUUGCUCUUGAAGAAGUGUCAUCAUGGUGGAGAAGUGCGCUUCUUUGGAGAGCAUUCUUCACAACCGCUAUUGUUGCUGUUGUGCUUCGGGCAUUGAUUGACACCUGUAACAGUGACAAGUGCGGCUUAUUUGGAAAAGGGGGGCUGAUAAUGUUCGAUGUGACCGCAGCAAAUAUCAGUUAUCACCUCACCGACUUACCUCCGGUGAUUGUUCUAGGAAUUAUUGGAGGAAUACUGGGGAGUAUCUAUAACUUUCUUCUGGAGAGGGUUAUUCGGAUUUACAAUUUCAUCAAUGAGAAAGGCACUGCCUAUAAAUUGCUUCUUGCUUGCUCAGUUUCAAUAUUCACUUCCUGUUGCCUGUUUGGGUUGCCAUGGCUUGCACCUUGUAGACCUUGCCCUGCUGAAUCACCAGAAGCCUGCCCAACAAUCGGCAGGUCUGGUAAUUUCAAGAAGUUCCAAUGCCUGCCUGGUCACUACAAUGAUCUUGCCAGCCUAUUUUUCAACACAAACGAUGAUGCCAUUAGGAACCUUUACAGUUCUGGCACGAACAAUGAGUUCCAAUACUUAUCCAUCCUCUUGUUUUUCAUUUCCUCUUUUUUCCUUGGUAUCUUGAGUUACGGCAUUGUGGUGCCUUCUGGUCUUUUUGUGCCGGUUAUCUUGACGGGUGCAACUUAUGGACGCUUUGUGGGGAUGCUGAUGGGUUCACAUUCAAAUCUCGAUCAUGGCCUCUUCGCAGUGCUUGGGUCUGCCUCCUUUCUUGGCGGAUCAAUGAGAAAUACUGUGUCCUUGUGCAUUAUUCUCCUGGAACUGACUAACAAUCUGUUGCUGCUGCCUUUGGUCAUGCUGGUUUUGCUCAUUUCCAAAACUGUGGCCGACAUCUUUAACGGCAAUAUCUAUGAUGUGCUUGUGAAGCUGAAGGGAUUUCCUUAUCUAGAAACUCAUGCAGAGCCAUACAUGAGGCAACUGAUGGUCAGCGAUGUUAUCACGGGCCCGUUGCAGUUCUUUAAUGGCAUUGAGAAGGUUGGCAAUAUAGUCCAUGUCCUCAAAGCUACAAGGCAUCAUGGGUUCCCUGUGAUCGAUGAGCCCCCAUUUUCGGAUUCACCUGUGUUGUUUGGCCUUGUCCUCCGGGCCCAUCUUCUAGUACUAUUGAAGAAGAAAGAUUUCUUGCAUGCUCGCAUGCUCGCCAGCAUUGAUGCCUCGAGGCAAUUCUCAGCUGAGGAUUUCGCGAAACGUGGUUCGGGCAGGCAUGACCAGAUAGAAGAUAUAGAACUGACUGCUGAAGAGAUGGAAAUGUUCAUUGAUUUGCAUCCAUUUACAAACACGUCACCUUAUACUGUUGUGGAGACGAUGUCACUAGCGAAAGCACUUAUACUUUUCCGAGAAGUUGGUCUGAGGCACUUGUUGGUGGUUCCCAAGUCUUCUGGUAGAGCACCUGUUGUGGGCAUAUUGACGAGGCAUGACUUCAUGCCGCAGCAUAUAUUGGGAUUGCAUCCAUUCUUGCAGAGGAGCAGGUGGAAGCGACUGCGGUUCCGGCACAUCAAUCUGCUCAAAUUAUUUAGGAAAUCUCAACAGAGCCUUGUCGGACCCAACCCUUGAUUCGUAAAAACAAUUCUUAUGUAAGUUUGAAAUUCUUUUAUCUUCAUAUAAACUCUUUUUUUAAAAGGUUUUUCUUUCCAUAAAUUCUUUCUUUUCCAUUUAUUUUUCAUAAUAUUUGCUUAUGAAAAGGAUCGGCUCCCAGAUCUCCUGUUUCUCUCUUUGCCACCAGCGAGAUAGUCAACACAGCACUUUUAUGAAAGCAGCUCUUCUUCCCUUCCCACAGUGAGGAAUAAUUACAGAAUCCUCAAUUGAAGGAUGCAUAAUAUAUGCUCAGGUUUUCAAUUUGUACAGUCCCAUGGUACGGUUAUCCAGAUCGUUGGUAUGAUUGGACUCGUGUGGAUGGACCACUCCCCAAAAAUGUCUGCCCAUCAGAGUUGCAUGUUAGGUUCGCAUGAGCCACCAUGUGGUUGAUUGUUGACUUGGUCCUUCACUAAAUGGAUGGGCUAUAAGCCUAAACUUACGAUGA